UCUCACACUUCAAGUGUUUAGUGAAGGUGGCGUUCCACUUUACAUAUGAUCCUCACUGCAUAUGUUCAGUUAACAGCAGACACAAGUAUGGUGUCAAGACAUGUUCAAAUAACGAGGAAUUAAUUACUUGAAUUUCAAACAGAGUUGUAAAUUAAUUAGAAAUUAGUAUGUGACCAUAUUACAGGCAUCAAGGAUAAACAUCUUAAUGUGAAUAUUUUCGUACUCUUUAAAUGUGUUUAUCAAGUUUCCGCUAGUAGGAAUUGACAUAAAUCAAAUUCAAGAUCGACUAUUCAAGGUUGAUCUGCUAAAGACAUAAAGAAAAAAAUCUAAGCUUAUCAUCACAGUGGUUGGUUUAUUUUCUCAUACCUUCGCCCACAAUAUCCUGAAAAAAAAUCCUCAGACAGAAGAAGCACUGGUGUGUAACAAUUACUGAAUUUUAUCAGUCAGUUUGUUUAUUUGAAGAACAAAUAUUAUAGCAAAGUCUGACAUAGUCAAAGUAGUUGGCACCAGACAUAGAUAUUUUUUUUUUCUUUGUGACAGUUUAUACUCAUCAUUCUGUUUCUGCAAACAAGAUUAUUUUGUGGUUACUGCCACAACUUUUAGGACCGAUUAUAAGUUUUUGCAAUUUCAAAUGCGAGUAAUGUGUUUUUGCAGUGGGUAAAGUCUUGUAAAGUGAGUGAUUUGACAACACAGUGCUAUGAAUGAAGAUCCAAGCUGUCUGUUUGCACAAACAUUCUAACGAGGAUAAGAAAAUAGUUGGCACACGAAUGACAAGAUUAUAUGACUAAUUGUUCUAGUGAUGAUCUACCUUUAUUUUUCAUCAAGAUAAGAAAUCAGUGUCUUUUCUAUCCGUCCGCUAAAUAUAGAGCUAAGUGUUUUCACGUCUGUGUUGAUCGACAGUUUCACCAUUUAUCAGACGGGAAUACAUGUACCACGAUGGUAGACCAGUUACAUGAACUUUUGUUUUUUAUGUUCAGUUAAAAGAAAGGUGGUCAUAAGCCCUAGUGUUUGACGGGAGUCGUGUGUUUACGAUUUUUUAAGAUGGCGCUGAAAUCUUUAAUGUUUCAGUCAGUUGUUGCGCUAAUUAACCUGUGUCUCAUAAUGGCCUCCAGUAUACAGUCCAUGGAUCAGAGUUGUGUUCUGAGUUUAGUGGUCCCACGGGAUAAAAUAAAAACCUCGUGUUCUGUGGACGGAACGGUGAAACGCCGCAUGAACACCAUGGAAACAAAAAUAAAUAUUUAUAAACAACAAGUUCUCGAACUAGAGACACAAAUACACAAAGAAAGACUUCUGAAUAAUGACAAAAUUAUGAGUUUGGAAACCAUGUUGUCCAAGGUUGAUAAACUAGAGGAAAUAGAAAAAAGAGUUUCGUAUCUCGAAAAUAAUCAACGAAGAACAGUAAGUGAUUUUGGACGUAACGACAAACAAUACAAAUUCUCCAAUGAGGACGCAGAUAUGACCAGUGACCAGUCCCUCAGUCCAAUGACCAACUGGGGAAAGUUUACAAAACCUGAAAAAAAUACUAAAUCGGAGAGGGAAGUAAAAUUGCUGGAAGAGCUAGAAAAUAUGAAGAGGACAAUUAACGACACUGGAAAAAAUAUUCUUAAUAAAGUUGAAGACGUAUUGAAAAAUGUGACAAACACUGUAAAAUUAAAUAAAACAUUUUCAAAUAGUUUGGAGGAUGCCAUCGAUAAUGAGACAGGGUCAACUUUCGGAGAAUUUGUUCCAGACGAAAACAAUAACCACAUACCAUUACAAAACGAUCAACCAUUGAAACUCACCAAAAAUGUUUCAAAUGACACAGAGAUUGGCGACAAUUUAGCAGGAAAUUUUCCCGAUACCAAGAUGAAGAUAGAGAACAAUCAUAUUCCGACUGGUCGAAACACUAUGAUUGUACAGUUGGAAGAAAUGCUAAAAAAAGAAAUUAAAGAUGUUUUAAAUAAUCAAAUAGAAGCCGUCAUAAGCCUUGUCAAAAAACAACAGUCAGUUCACGAUACCUAUGAUGAGGAAGUUGACAACUUGUCAGAUCAGCAUCUGUCGGACGUGAAAUAUCUUAACGACAAACUCACUACUGUAGAACUCACUAUCACAUCCAUCACGCAGACAAUGGAUGAUUUUUACAGUAAAACAGUCAAACUACAACCUCUGCCAACGCUGUUUGAAGAAUUAAAGAAAAAUUUAACAGAGAAUUCAGUAACCAAGUCUACAGGAGACAGUCAAUCAACUAUAGAAACACUGGAUGAACAUGCCAAAACACUACGGAAGAUGGAGCGGCUUGCAGAAAUUUUCCAAAGAUCUCUAGAACAUUACAGAAAUGAAAGUAAAGCUACUUAUGCAGAACUUGAGAGAAAGAUAUCUUCUGAAUCAAACAUGAUGAAAACUCUCCGUGAAACUGUUGUUAAAAAUGUCGGCGCGAUCAUUGAUACUCAAAUAGCACAUCAAAACACCACAAUAAAAAGUCAGCUGACAGAAAUGCAAAGUCUGCUAACGAGUUUGGAAGACCAGAACGUUCUGAUGCAAGUGGAUUUGGGUACCACCGAACGGAAACUGAAAACAAAGAUGUCCAAGAUCGACCAAGAUCUGAAGAUAGCUAAACAAGAUAUCCAAAGUUUAGGCUUUUCACAAGGCAAGGUGCAGAAAAAGCAGGAGUCCCUAGAGAAACAAGUGAUCAGCUUCCAAGCCAAUAACGAUGUGAAAAAAAGACUUGAUAUGUUGGAAUUGGAAUUUAAAUUAAGUUUAACGAGUGACUGGGUGGAGUAUCAAUUUUCAUAUGACAGCUCACGCACGGACUGUUUUGGACAACAGUUCAUCAAAAGAACCAAAUACAAAGUUGGUAGAUUUGUUGGAGUAGUAUUGUGUGACAAAAAUCGUUAUAAAAUUCUCUUAGGUCAGAAUUUGAUGGACAAGUUUUUGAGUAUUGGUGAUGAGGGUGGAUUAGGACAGGAUCACUGUGAAUAUGUUGGUAGUAAUCCUAAUGCUAUUGUAACAAUCAGUAAUCUCAAUAAGUCCUUUAAGCAAGAUAAAGGUUAUAUUCGGUCUAACUGGGGAGACGAACCACGAAUUGGACUUUUAGGCUUUUUACAUCACUCACCUUUUUGGUACGAAUGUGGAAUAACGAUCCCUUGAAUACGGACAUCUAACUGGCCAAAAAGUGUGAAAGAGGAAAUGUGUGAAUUGUCAGUGUUUUCAUCAGACGGCAAACGAUGGAAUAUGUGAUAUGUGUACAUACUAUUUUACAGAGAUCGGAUAUCAUAAAAAAAAUUUUUAUUGGUGUUGUUAUAGUGACUAAUAAUUCAGCUGGACAAUGGCAAUCCAACUAUUUCAAUCCCACAGUAAAACAUUGCAACAAAGUUAGAAAAGGACAUCUUUAUAUACUCCUUUCUGUGGAAUAUUCUGAAAAAUUGUAAACACAUAAUGUUUUCUCAAGGAAAUAACAGAUAAGGAUUAAAAUUAAAAGACUGUUGACUACAAAAGAUUAUAUUGUGUUUGUGAAUUGUGUUUCAAACCAAUUUGUGGCGUUUUUUAAGACAACAGUCAGAAUUAGCAGACAACUAGAAACAAAGUUUAAAUUCACCAGAAUACAAUAAGUGUAAAUAUGUACAGUUAUAUUCUAAAUUUCAAGGAACUUUUUUCAUGGCAAUGAAACUUAUUUACUUACGAUGAAGCUUAAUACUAAAACUGAGCAUAAUCCUGUGAGCACCACCAUAAAAAUGGUUGAUAACUUGUGCCGUACAAUUUUGAAAACUUUUCUAUCAAACUUAAUUCAAUGAGAAGUCAGGCAGCAUUAGAAUUUAGCAUAAAUUUGACUUUUAUGGUGGUUUUAGGGGCUUCUUAAGAAGAGCUUUUUGUUUGCCGGAUUUCAAUACCUCAAUUGUUAUCUUUGGUUCAAUAACCAUAAUCUUUUUUGAACUCUAAGCUCUCAUUUUAAAUAAGGUAAAUCUUAUAGGAUAUUUAUGGCCUUCAUACCAAUAGAUUUUAGUUUCUGGAUUUGACUAACUUAACUAAUAAUUAUCUAUUGUUCAAAAACCCAUGAAUAAAAUUCCAAGGUUUUUUUGAGGGGGCGUUAUUUCAUCUAUAACUCUUUUAAACAAACCGUCUCCAGCAAGUUCUGCUGAACCAAUAUGAUAGGUCUCUUUUUAAUACGACAGAGUCCAAUCCAGAAGAGGAAUUGCCGUUGCUAUUUUUAUUUCGUUUUUCUUAAUUAAAUGUUCAAUAUCAAAUAGGAGUGCAUUUUAGUAUGGAUUAAGCGAUGGAAAAUUUGAUAUUAGUGACUUAUAUAUCAGUUUUCUGGCAUGCAAAUUGUCUGACAGGUAAUUCUGACACCCUGACACUGACUGGCAAAAAUAAAGCCCAAGGCCCGGAAAUGAGGAUUUUAGUUGUACAUGUACCUGAGAAAAUGGCAGCAUCUGUUAAACUAAUAUCUGACAUUUUAAACCAUGUGCCAAUCAUGUAUAUUUAAUGACAGACACCAGAGGGGUUGUACAUGAUCAAUCCUGAAUUUGUGCUUUUGACAUAUGCCUGGCAAUGUCUGAUGCUUCUGCCUGGCAAUGUCUGAGACUUGUGCCCAGCAAUGUCUGAGACUUGUGCCCGGCAAUGUCUGGGACUUGCACUGGGCAAUGUCCGAGACUUGUGCCUGGCAAUGUCUGAGACUUGUGCCCGGCAAUGUCUGAGACUUGUGCUCAGCAAUGUCUGAGCUUUGUGCCUUAUUUCCAGGCUUGUAAGCCCAGAUUAGAGCUCUGGUUUAUUGUACAAAAACCAUUUUAUACAUGUUCAUACAAGAUUAUGUUUAUCUCUAGUCUAAUGUAAGCAAGUGCAAUAUAGUAUUUCUUUUUUACUUAUAUUAUUAAUAAAAACAUAUUUUGUUUAUUUAGUGCUAUGUAAUUGAAAUUGGCAUUAUAUUUGUAUAUUCAUAAUGUCAAUGCUUUCAAUGGGCAGAGAAUUUAUAGCAUGAAAGAUAUUUUUACAUUUUUUAGUCUUUUUAAUUUUUAUAGCUAAAUUAAUAUUUUGUUCAGUUUUGUUAUUAAUAAAACUCUAAGUUUUCCUUUGUUAUAACUUUUUAAGAAUUUAAAAGUUAAAAAUCUCUCAAUUAUUUUAUUAAGGAGUACAGUAUGAUUUACUGAAACCUAAUGAUAUAAUUCUAGGGAGAAAAAUGGCAACAAAACAUCAAAGGAAACAUACAUACAUUUGUUUAUUUCAUUCUAGAUUUUUGUUUAUAUUUAAUAUUUUGGAAGACAUUGUAUAAUGGAUUUUAAAUAUUUUCAUUAAAAUUUAUUAUUUUUGGAGAAAUUAUUUAAUUGAUCAAAGAAAGGGUUAUCAAUCAUGUCAGUGUCUAACUCAUUUACGGUGUAGGUUAGAAACUCAUCAGGUUAACUGAUUAACCAUGUAGGUUUCUACCUAGCCCACUAUGUACGAGUUUAGAAAAUAACCCGGUUAACUGAUUAACGAUGUAGGUUUCUACCUCAUCCACUAUAUAGGUCAGAAACUGACCAGGUUAACUGAUUAACCAUGUAGGUUUCUACUUCAUCCACUUUGUAGGUUAGAAACUCAUCAGGUUAACUGAUUAACCAUGUAGGUUUCUACCUCACCCACUAUGUACGAGCUUAGAAAAUAAUCCGGUUUACUGAUUAAUGAUGUAGGUUACUACCUCAUCCACUAUUUAGGUCAGAAACGGACCUGGUUAACCAUGUAGGUGUCUACCUCAUUCACGGUGUAGGCCAGAAACUGACAUGGUCAUUAACUGUAGUUAACCAUGUUAUAACUCAACAACCAAGUUGGUUAGAAACAGGCACAAGUUGUUAACUGAUUAACCAUGCAUUUCCCAAUUAAUGUUGUAGAUGAACUGAUUAACUAAGUGCCUUAUAAAACAUACAUUAUGCAAGAGCUAAAUCUUCCAAUUGCAGGUCUUUCUUUAGGCCUGAAAUGUUUUCUAUAUUAAUUACACAUUAAUUACCUUUAUCCAGACCAUAAUCAACUCUCGAUGGCAUCGGAUUUCUCCGAUAUUAAAUAGAGUAGAACCGUUCAGCCAUAUUUUGAUUUAAGCUAAAAAUGGAGGAGCAAGACUUAGCUUCGAACAACCAGUACGGUGGUUGAAAUUAUUGCACACGUCUUUUCAAACCUUCAAAGGCUAAUAUUUUCGCUCGCAAUAGAGUAAUUUGAAUGAAAUUUUCAAAUUAUUAAUUUUACAUUAUCUAUUUUCAAACUAUUAUAGCAAGAAUGGUUGGCUCUUUAUCUAAAUCUUACAUAAUGUUUCUUUAACUAAUGAACAAUGCAGAUUGUUAAUUGAUAACUAUGUAGAUUAUUUAACUAAUCAAUGUCAUAAUGGUAAUGAUUUCGUUGCAAAAAAUUAAAUACUGUAGCUCUUAUUGCCUGAUGAUAUUCCUAAAUGUAAAUCCAGCACCUUCUAUAAUUUGUUGUUGGCGUGCUGCUACAAAGUAUACAAGAGAAAUGAGUUUUAGAUUAAAGGUAAACAUGUGUCUAUCAUUAACAAACAUGUCCUGCACACUUUUAUUUACAUGUUUACAGUUAAAUUUCUCCAAGAAAAACAUUAUGUCAGCAAAAAAUAUCAAGUGCCUUUUAAAUUAAAUUAUGAAAUAAAGUAUUUGAAGUUUUUUAAUGUUGGUUAAAAAAUGUGUUUUCAAUUGUUGCACAAUAGAUCUAUAGUGUUUGGAAAUGAAAUGGUAAAAUUUUGUUUAGAAGACAAUGGUGUAUUGUGUGUUUAUUUGGAUAUUAAGUUGAUGUAUAUACAUUGUAAGUAAUAACAAACAUGUAAGCGACAUAUAGCAAGGUUUUAAAGGCUCAAUACCAGUCUUGUUGUAACUGAAUAAUAUGUCCCAAUCUUUAUUCUGGUCAUAAAAUUGCACUAUUUUACAAUAUUCAUAUUAAUUGAUGAUAUAAAUUUCAUCUUAACACACCUAAUUUAAAAAACUGGAAAAAUUCAACUAAAUGAUUUGAAAAGCCUAACGUAAACCUAUUCAAAUAUGACUUGGAUUUAAAAAUAUUUUCUAACCCUCUGAACAAGUAAAAUAGGAUUUAAUGGAUAAUUUACACAACAGGUAAGACACUAACACAUCUAGUACUUAGAAUAAGGCUAUUUUUCUAUUUUCUGGAGCUAUCAAGCCAGCAAGAGUGUUAUUGUCCCUUUAAAAUAAAAAGGAAAAGAAUUGUCUGUUUCCUUUUGAGUGAAGCAUGUAUCAUUAUAGGUUAUGGACUCUACAGUGCUGUGGACACUUACAGUAGUAAAUUAUUUUGAGUUACACGUUUGUCGUUUAUUGCUUGCGAUAUCUGUGUGUACUGUGUGUUUUGUUCGCAGGUUUGUCUCAUAGGCUUUUGUUUUCUGUGGUGCAGUCCUCUUGCCCUUUUUAUUAAAAAUGAUGUCUCAAUACACCUCACAAACAUUAUAACAUUUGAAAUUAAUUUGAAGACCUCGCUAGAUUCUAGCAAAAUACAAAGGAAAUCAAUUAUCUGUUUCUUAAAAAUGAUUUCCAAGGCAAAUCAAAGGCAAUGUGGCUUUAAUUGCUGCUCUUGCUUUAUUUUUGCCCCACUUCACACAUUUUCUACAUUUUCAUUGCAUUUGUGUCAAAAUUAAUCCAAUUAUGAAAGAUUUAAACAUUAUUCCAUAUAAUUCUAAGUAAAUGUUUGAUUCAUAUUUUAUAAGCAUAAUCAACCCAGUAGGAUUUGUUAUCAAUGUAAAUGUACUGUUAAGCAUGAGAUUUAGUUGAGAAUGUUUACCGCUAUGUUUGAUUCUUAUUUUAUAAGCAUAAUCAACCCAGUAGGAUUUGUUAUCAAUGUAAAUGUACUGUUAAGCAUGAGAUUUAGUUGAGAAUGUUUACCGCGAUGUUUGAUUCAUAUUUUAUAAGCAUAAUCAACCCAGUAGGAUUUGUUAUCAAUGUAAAUGUACUGUUAAGCAUGAGAUUUAGUUGAGAAUGUUUACCGCGAUGUUUGAUUCUUAUUUUAUAAGUAUAAUCAACUCAGUAGGAUUUGUUAUCAAUGUAAAUGUACUACUAAGCAUGAGAUUUGGUUGAGAAUGCUUACCGCGAUGUUUGAUUCUUAUUUUAUAAGCAUAAUCAACUCAGUAGGAUUUUUAUCAAUGUAAAUGUACUAUUAAGCGUGAGAUUUGGUUGAGAAUGUUUACCAUCAUGUUUGGGUGUGAUACAUACAGUGCCAGACGGCAAUUUAUUUAUUCAGGAUAUACAGCUGUUUCUUUCCACGUCUGCCAAUCCUUUCAAUCUUUUUUCACUUCGUUAACUUUCAAUGGACUGGUGAAUUUAUUUUCGAAAUAAAAUUUCAUAUGUGCAGACUGUCAGUUUGGUGCGGCUCUUGAUUUAAAAUGAUAAAUAAAAUUUGCCCACAUGGCAGACACAACCAUCUGAACAUAUACAAACUGCACAUUAAUCUGUUGAAUAAUUUUAAGAAUAAGCUAAAAUUUCAUAUGACAUUCGGUGAAUUGCGUAAAGCGUUGCUUGUGUAACCGACGCUACUAUUUCAACAUGUACACAAACUUGAUAUUAAGCCAUUGUCAAUUAAAAGGAAAUAAACAGACUCUUAAAUCAGGUAUAGAAUUAUAAAUAAAUUAACAACAGAC